AUGCAUUUGGUUGUGGGUACUUGGUUUUUCACAUCUCUUCUUGGCCUUGGAUGGGGGCAUGACUCCUUGUUUCAAGGAUAUGAUGUGUCUCUUUUGGGUUAUCAUCUGUGUCCCAUGACUGAGUCUGUGUUGGUGACCAAUGUGAUCUCUUACCCAACCUCCUACACCCAAAGGAGACCAUGUGGAGGAUGGCUGCCAUGGACAAUGUGUGAUGUCACGAUGUAUAAAACAGCAUACCGAACUGAGGUUUCUGACAUUCCCAAACAGGUUGUGAAAUGUUGCCAUGGCUAUGAACAAGUUGGGAUUUACUGUGCCUUGUCCUUGAACAGAAGUGCAGAAUUCACAUCUAAGCCAGGGCUCUGUCCCUCUGGAAGUGUGACAGGCUAUCAGUGGAAUGAAACCUCUGGAACAAACUCCACCAGCUCUGUGUGUGAAUGGGACAUAGACUGUCCUCAAUGGCAAAAGUGCUGUCAGACCGGAAAUAUCUCUCAGUGCACCGACCCGCUUUCACCAGCCAACAGAAGCUGGUGCUUUAAUGUGACAAUAACAGUGAAAACAGCUUAUGCGUUCAUAAGUAUGGACAAAGGACUCUUCAAUCACACAAGACUACUGCACUCUGUGAUAACUGGCACACUGGACACUGAUGGAAUCUCUGUGCAUCAUGUUUGGUCAUGGUCACCAGGGCUCUUCACAACCUCUUCCUCUCUACUGGUUUGCUUCUCUAAAUUUCUCUCACAAGAUGAUAUCUCCAAAAGACUGUAUCUGCUGGGAAACAUAGAGGAGGUGACUAAUGUGGUGGUACAAGAUGUGGAUGAAUGUGCCACUCCAGAAUUGAACAUUUGUUCUCAUCUCGCAAACUGCACGAAUACAGUUGGAUCAUAUCACUGUGCCUGCCAUCAGGGUUAUCACGACCACAAUCCUACACAGCCAGGAACAGUUUGCAUGGCCCCCAAGGUCACUACUCAGCCUUUCACUAAUGUCCCAGAAAACUCUACCAGCCCAACUGGGAUUACAUCUCAUCCCUUUAUGGGCAACCUUUCCACUUCAAACCCACUGCCAGACUACAUACCCAAGAUCACCAGCCUCUUCUCUCAUAACAUCACUGAAUCUUCUUUCUAUGUGGCAUGGACCACCGACAACCAGACCGGUGUAACUUUCCACCUGGUUCUGCUCCACAAGACCACUGUGCUGAAUUACUCACAUACGACAAACUAUUAUUGGACGAUCACAAACCUGAACCCUGGUGUUCUGUAUACUGUACAUGUCACUCCAUUUGCCUGUGAUAACCAAGGAAACAACUCAGAAGUUAAAGUGAGGACAGAUGGACAGACGCUUGGAGCUACAGUCCGUUUGACCGACAUGGUGUUUGAACAGAAUUUGAGCGAUCCAACCAGUGACCAGUAUAAGGCAUUCUGUGCCAGUGUCAUAAAUGAGAUUAUUUUAUCCUUGCCUCCAGAAAUCCUCAAAUUAGUCAACUCUGGACAGGUCACCAUCCACAUCACAUCCCUUUCUCCUGGCAGUGUGAUCGUGAAGUUUUCCAUUGUGUUUCUAUCCAACAGCAACCUGAACAUAUUUAACGUGUCCACUGCUUUGAUGGAUUCUCUGCUCAACAGCUCAAAAUAUACUGUAGACAGUAACAGUACAAAAAUAGAAGAUAUAAAUGAGUGUUUUCUGCUUGAUACUGACUGCUCUACAUUUGCUGACUGUACAAACACCAACGGCUCGUACACCUGUGCCUGUUGGUACGGGUACACAGACUUGAGCCCCAGCAGACCAGGACGCAGCUGUGCAGCUUCACAUUUGACGUCACCUCCACAGUCCUCUUCUAACUCUACUACAUCAAGCAUUAAUCCCAUCACAACCUAUCCCAGAAUAUCUUCAAAUUCCAUUGACAAGAGCACCACAACAACUCAUAUGACAAACACCAUGCCUGGAAACCCUUCGGAUCCUGGUUUAGUAGCAACUACAACUCCUGUACAGAACAACACCACAGCAAUAGUGAAUGUACCUGUGAUAACUGUGAAUUUCACAACAGUACUGAACAACAGUCCUAACAUAUCGCUGGCACACAUGACAACAAACCUUAUCAAACCUACAGCAUCAAGCCAACAAACAUCAACCAUUUCAUCUGAAAUGCACACUACUGCCCAUUUGAUCUCCAGUACUAAGUCCAUAGAUGCUGAGUGCAUCCCAGGUUAUACAUCAGUUGUGGUAAGUAAAGACUUCCUGCAGUUCAGUAACAUCCCAGAGAAUUCCCUGUUCCUUGGUCAACCUGAAUGUGGGCCCGGUAAAGGAAAUUCAACCCACUCGCGGCUCACUGCAGCCUGGAAAAAGUGUGGUACUACGGUAGAGUAUAACGGCACCCAUUAUACAGCUAAUGUGACUCUAUAUAACAACUUGAGCAGCUUUUGGAUGGCUUCUGCACGUCUGGCCGUUCCCAUCAUCUGCACCUACCCCAGCAGCAUCAUCAUCUCCACUGGAUACUCACCCACAGGGUAUUUAGAUAUCAAAGACAUAGUGGUAGGAUCGGGUAGAUUCCAGAUUAUUGUGCGGCUGCUGAAUGGGACAUCUCCUCUGCCUGAGAAUUACGCCCUCUCCCCCGAUGAGGAGGUUAUUGUAGAGGUUGGGGUCAACACCACUAUCCCCCAAAUCAAAGUCGUCAUCAGCAAGUGCUGGGCCACUUCCUCCAGUGACUCAUUGCAGCAACCUAACUAUGUGUUUCUGGAUAAUGGAUGUCCACUGCCGAACACAUGUACCACAGUUCUUCAGAACGGAAAUGACACUGUAUCUUUGCUGUCAGUACGGAUCUUUUCAUGCGUGAAUUUAAGCGUCAUCUACCUACACUGUCAUAUCCAGAUCUGUGUUGAGAAUCUGGAUAACACCUGCACUCCUUCUUGUAUGGAGAGAACGGUGAGGUCUUCUGAACCAGUUGGAGCGACAGAGGCAUCUUUUGGACCGCUGCACAGAAUAAAUAAAACCCCAGUCCAAAACAAGUCAGAUCAGACACUUCAGACUGUUGGAUUUGUUCUACUUGGCAUUGGUUUGUUUUUGUUUUCCCUGGCUGGCAUUUCAGGACUGCUUUAUCACAAAAGGAAAAUCGGGACCUACAAUUUCCAUUUCAAACCACAGCAGGAAAACUUCACCUAUCAUGUUUUUGACAAAUAA